GUGUAAUAGAAUAGUAGGGUGUAAAUGAAGAAAUAAAAGGGGAGCGGUGAUAGUGAGGAAAUUAGAAAAGUGUGUGAAGAGAGAAAAGAAAUAUGGGAGUGGAGAAGCAAGUUGUGAGACCUGGAACCGGUCCCAAGCCACUUCCCGGUCAAAACGUUACUGUUCACUGCACCGGUUACGGGAAAAACGGUGACCUUUCUCAGAAGUUCUGGAGCACAAAGGAUCCUGGCCAGAGCCCCUUCUCUUUCAAAAUCGGCCAAGGUUCUGUCAUCAAAGGAUGGGAUGAGGGUGUUAUCGGCAUGCAAAUAGGCGAAGUUGCUCGUCUCCGGUGCUCUCCUGAUUAUGCUUAUGGUGCUGGUGGCUUUCCUGCUUGGGGAAUACAGCCCAACUCUGUCUUGGAGUUUGAGAUCGAGGUCUUAAGUGCACAAUGAAAACCUCUGUACUCUGUUCUACCAAUAAUUGUUAUUAUGAAUAGUACCCUGCGUUUCUGUCGACAUGUAUAACACUGAGUUAUAUCUACAGUGGUUGAGUUGUUGAACUUAAAUUCUAAAUAAAGUUUCACUGAUCUCAAACUCUCCAGUAUUUAUAUUUGGUACUGUUUACUA